AUGGAUAGAAGAUCAGGAAAAGGAAAUCGAAGGGGUAACAAGAACUACGUCGGCCAUAGUCUAGGAGUUUUACGCAAAGGAGGUGGCAUCGAAAGCAUUAGUGAAUGCGAGGUCGGCACUACCGUGGUGUACCAGAGAACUGUUUUGACCCAAGAAGUGCUACGAGUGAUGAUGAAUUGCAGCAGAAUGUUACAAUGGGAAAAAGUAGUGAAAAAGGUCAAAGACUUUUUACUACGCAUGCAAUAUUCUGGUUAUGACAAGAAGUUUAGAUAUGAGGUUGUAGCCUCUGCGUUAAAUGCAUAUAGAAUACGAAAAGAAGCUGAUGAACGUGGGGAACGACCAAUGUAG